AUGAAUGCUUCCAAUGUUAUAAUUUGGCCUCACGGAGAAGAGUUGGAACGGCAAAAAGAAUUGUUUUUUCAUAUGGCAAGUAUCCCAAAUGUCAUUGGAGCUGUAGAUGGUACUUUGAUUCCCAUAAAGGCGCCAAAAGAAGACCCAGAAGUGUAUGUAACACGAAAAUGCAAUUAUGCAAUUACCUUGCAAGCAAUUACAAAUGCCGAACUAAAAUUUACCGAUGUUUUUGUUGGCUAUCCGGGUUCUGUGAGCGACACUCGUAUAUUUCGAAAUUCAGACAUAUAUGUGAAUAUUAUGAAAAAUGAAAAAUUUUAUUUUCCAAAUGACGAGCAUAUCUUAGGCGAUAAAGCAUAUCCUCCUCUUACAUGGUGUGUUGAACCAUACAUUAACAGGGGUCGUCUGACUGAAGCUCAAAAAAACUUCAACUUCAACAUUUCUAGAACUAGACAAACUGUAGAACGGUCGUUUGCUUUAUUUUUUGGUAGAUUUAGACGGUUUAAAUACCUAGAUAUGUCAAGGACUGAUUUCAUCCCAUCCACGGUUCUGGCAGCAUGUAUAUUACAUAAUUUGUGUUUAAAAAACAAGUCAAAUGUUAAUGUAAAUGACUAUAUUGAAGAAGGGAUGAAUUUUUUGAGAGACCAAAGAACUGAAUGUUUAAAUCCUGCAAGAGAAUCAUCAGAAGAUCACUGCCGCACAGAUGGAAAAUUAAAAAGAGAUACAAUGUGUGAACUUUACAAUGCUUAA